AUGAUUACAGAAAUUCUAUGAUGGCAUGCAUUUUUUGCAUGCUGUGUUGCGGCAAGUAAAAGACUCACCCCCAAACUCAUGAGAAAGGAGGGCGACAAAUACAUAGAAAUGGACGAAAAGGCUACUAUCUACCAGUACCACGACACAGUCUCAAUGUUGUACGGAAUAGUCCUCAUUGGGCUGUUUUUAGCUGUGUGGAAGGACCACGGAUUUGAGAUUGUUAGGGAAGGGACUGAGAUUGAUAGGCACAUAAUGGUUCUUGGAAUCGGAUGGUAUACCUUUGAUCUUAUUAUUAAGUCUCUUGCAGGAAUUGGUAACAGCUUUGUAUGGGCACAUCAUCUCUUUACCGUGUUCUCAAUGCUUGGUGGAUACUUUAGAAACGAGACAAAUGCACUUGGAGCUAUAGCUUUAUUUACUAAUGAUGUUGGUAUGCUUUUCUUUGUGUUGAAAAGAACAUUUGAAAGGAUGAAUUUGGAUAUGAAUGAUGAUAGAUGCAAGCUCAACUUUGUGUUCCUCUCGAUCACCUUUGUAAUUACAAGAUGGGGGAACUUUUGGCUGCUUUAUACUCAUAUACUGAGCUUCAAUAACAAUCCUUUCUUGGUUGUUCUGAACUGUCCAACACUAGCAUUUGGAACAAUAAUAUCUAUAAAAUUCCUGAGUAAGUUAUGGAAACACAUUCCUGGCUGGAGCUCCAAUCCUGAUAAGGUAUCUAAGAUGGCUGUAUGGAAGAGCAUCAGAGUAAUGUUCCAGCACUACAACAGCAGAGGGAUGCUCACGAAGCUCGUAAACUUCUUCAUAUAUACGAUUUCAGUGUUCACUCCGAUAUUGAUGUCGGUCUACCUCAGCUACUCCGGUGGCUUGGAGGUAUCCUAAUUUCAUGAUAAAGAUUCUUCAAAA